AUGCUGCAGUAUGCAAAGAGCCAGUGGCCGAGCAACAAAGAAGACAUUCCAGGCCCGUUAAAGACAUAUUGGCCGUACAGGGAUGAAAUCCAUGAGGAGGAGGGCUUACUCUUCAGGUCGAAUAGACUCGUCAUUCCAGAGGAGAUGAAGAGCACCAUCUUGGCAAGGCUUCACAAAGCUCACAGCGGAGUAGAGAAGACGCUCCAUCGUGCUAAAGAAGCUCUCUACUGGCCUGCAAUGCAGAAUGACAUCAAGCAGGUGGUAGAAAAUUGCAGCGUGUGCAAGGAGCACAAGCCGAGGCAGCAGAAGGAGCCACUUGUGAACCAUCCAGUGCCAACCGCACCCUGGCAGAUUGUUGGAGUGGACUUGUUUCAGCACUCGGGACACCACUACAUUGUGUUGGUGGACUAUUACUCUUUUUUCUAUGAAGUGCACCAGCUUCAAAGGUCCACUGCCAAGACGAUAAUCAAAUGUUGCCUGGCAACGUUUGCCGUGCAUGGUCUACCUGUCAGGUUGGUUACUGACAAUGGACCACCAUUCAACAGCGCUGACUUCAAAGAGUUCUUGCAGCACCGGGGAAUUUCACAUGUGACAUCCAGCCCGUAUUAUCCUCAGUCAAACGCGAUGGCAGAGAGAGCGGUGCAGGAGUCGAAAAAACUCAUGACCAAGUGCAGUUACGGAACGCCAGACUACUACGACGCCCUACUCGAAUGGCGAAACACUCCCAGGGAUGGAGUUCUAGGAUCACCAGUUGAAAGGCUCAUGAACAGACAUACCAGGACGGAAAUCCCUACACAUCCAUCUCUACUGCAAGGGACAAGCACAGACCCAAGCAAGGUACAACAGCGGCUGAGAGACAAACAACGAACUCAGCAACGGUACUACAACAAAGGCGCCAAACCUCUACCUGAAUUACACGCUGGAGAAGACGUCUACCUUCAAGAUCAAGAACGAGGAACCUGGAAACCGGCUAUCAUACUCGCUAGAGCCCCGCAGCCAAGGUCAUACAUUGUUCAAGACGACGAGGGCAUACAGCGCAGAAGGAACAGCAUCGCUCUUCGCAGAAGACAGAGAGCGAAACAAAAACCAGCCCGUUACCGCGACACAAAUUUUAUUUAUGAGUGA